CAGUGCUUUUUGGGGCAUUUUCCGUCACGUCCACAAGUGAGCAGGCUGCCCUGUACUACUAAUAUCCCAGGGUGCCCUGCUGCACCUGCUGCUGAGACUUCCAGUUUUUGAACACUACAGUGUUCUACCUACUGGCCCUCCACCCCACGCACACAACGAGAGAGAACCUCAGAAAUUAUGAUUCCUCUCCGUUUACCCCUGUUGGCCGUAUUGGUCAGCCUGGCCUUGUGUCAGUACUAUGACUACGACUACCAGCCUGCUUCCAUGCUAGGACCCUCAGGACCUAACUGUAACCAAGAGUGUGAAUGCCCAAUCAACUUCCCCAGUGCCAUGUAUUGUGACAGCCGCAAGCUCAAGUUUGUUCCCGUGGUUCCAACAGGGAUCAAGUACCUGUACCUACACAACAACCAGAUUGAAGAGAUCAAGGCAGGAGUGUUUGACAAUGUUACUGAUGGACUGCGCUGGCUGGUACUGGACAAAAAUCAUCUCACCAACGCCAAGAUCGCCAAGGGUACCAUUGAUAAACUUACUGCCCUGGAGAAGCUGUUUUUCAGCUACAACAACAUCACAGAGCCAGUCAUUCCUCCCUCAAAGUCCCUGGAUGAGCUGAAGAUGAUGCACAACAAGUUGACCAAGUUCCCUUCUGGACUCUUGAGUGACAAGGAGAACUUGACUUCCAUCAACCUUCAGCACAACGAGCUAACAUCUGAUGCCAUUGCCGGAGCAUUCAAAGGACCCAAGAAGCUGAUGUCUCUGGAUGUGAGCAACAACAAGCUGAAGAAGCUGCCUGCUGGGGUCCCCAGCUCACUGGAAAUCCUCUAUGCUGAUUACAAUGAUAUUGACAGUAUUGGAGCUGGAUACCUGAACAAGCUGCCAAAACUGCAGUACCUGAGGGUCUCCCACAACAAGCUGGUGGACUCCGGCAUCCCUGCUGGUGUGUUCAAUGUGUCAUCACUGGUGGAACUGGACCUGUCCUUCAACAAGCUGCAGUCCAUCCCUGAGAUCAAUGAGCAGCUGGAGCAAUUCUACCUCCAGGCCAAUGAGAUCAGCAAAUUUGACCUAGGAAGUUUCUGCAAGUUCAGCGGACCCCUCAACUAUUCCCGCCUGAAGCAUCUGCGUCUGGAUGCCAACAACAUCACACAGAGCAGCAUGCCCCCUGACACCUCCAACUGCCUGCGCCAAGCUUCGGAUAUCAUGUUUGAUUAAGGACUUCCUUCAAACCUAUGACCCCUCCAUGACCCACAACUUCCAUGACACAGCUAAGCCCAAAGUCCUUUGGAUGUCCCGAUAUCCCUUCUUCUGUACUGCUUUCAUGUCCUUGCACUCUGACAUAUAAAGUAAUAUGCAAGCUUGGGAUAUUGUAAUGUAAUGAUUCAUCAAUUAAAAUAUACCUUGAAUAAAUCCAAAGCUGUGUUUUCUAGAUCAAAUCCAAUGCUGUAUGCAUAAAUAAUAGACAGCAUCACAAGCUAUCAGCCAUAUGAAAGGCAUUUUAGAAAUCUUUUCAUCAAAUAUCUUGCAUUAUUGCCAAUCUGGCUGUCAAAGUCAUUACAUGUCCAACAGCUAUUCCACAUCUUUGGCUCCAUAUAUUUGUAGAUAACCAUGUGAAUUUCUCUUUUUUGAAUAAACAUUAAAACAAAACCUAAUUAAAAAAAAAAAAAAAGUAAUAAAAUGUCUGGAAAAAGCGUAAGAAAAAAGACUGAAAAACUAAGUAACUGACUAAAAAUACUGAAAUGAAAUGCUUUUUAUCAAAAAGUAAACACACUUUAAACAUUCCAAAUGAUUUUUUUUUUUUUUUGAUUUACAGUGCAUUGAAUACAGACGAAAUGAAGUAUACAGUGCCUGAAAUCAGCAUUUCCAUGUCUUAAAUUUUGUUGUCUGUCUUAUAUGUUCCAGUGUUUAGCAUCUUUUUUUUUUUUUUAUAAUGGGUACACUAUAGAUACUGUUGCUGUGCAAAAGACUGGCAGGUAAUGAGAAAGACUGUGUACUCCAAGUUACUGUAGGUGUAUAAUGCCUGGGGUGAAAUUAUAAAACAAAUAGCAAAGUAAGAGUUUGUUCCUUUGCACAUCAUCAAAGGAAUGAUUUUACACAACAGUCACAUUUUCAAUAGCUUAAAAGAAUCAAAAUGUUUUCAAAGAAAAUACCGGUGAUAUUAAGUUUUUGCUCUUGCCCACCAUUUUUUGUCUACUUUGAACUUGCAUAGCCAGUGGUUCGAAGCAAACAUCAUGUCGGAUGAGUUGCAUCACAUUUUGCCAAUCAUAGCAUCUCAUCCAGUUAAAUAUGCCAGUAAAUAUCUUGCUAACCUGCUUCACUGAUAAUCUGAACCCAUAAUUCAACACUAUGAAUUUAGUGUGCAGGGUCAUAACUUCCUAUUCUGACCAGCAAUAAGUGUCAGGAGGAUCCCAGCAUGAAUAGGGUUUGUGUGUGUGUAUGUGUGCUCAGCAAGAACAACUGAGGUUUGCGCUGGAAUGGAUGAAACUGAUACUGUUGUUCUUCAUUUGCAGCCUAACUGAGCUUCACCUCCAAGUCCAUGUUGCUGGAGGUGACAGAUAAUGAUUAUUGUCACCGGAGCCUAUAACAUAUCAUAACAACAGUUGCUUGAAAUGGGAAAUGGGCUGUGAAUAAUGUAAAACAUUAGUACAAUAAAUGACCAAACAAUUACUGCAAGAAUUAAAGACACAGGUAUUAUCCUCCUUUGAAAAUCAAAUACUCCUCACACUGAAUAUCUCUGCUGAGUUUAAACAUUUACAUGUUAUGAUGUUUUUCAGAAAACACAAUUGAGUCAAGUUAUUUCUAUACAUUUUCCAGUUCAUUGCUGUUCAGAUAUGUACACUGCUCAUUUGUAUACAACGUUUGCAUUACUUGCAUGCAUCCAAUGGUACCAUUCUAUGAUAAUAAACUACAGCUUUUGCAGUUA